AUGGCUCCUUACAAUCCAUUCGCUAGGCACGAGUCCCAUAGCCGGUCUACCUUAACUGCAUACCGCAUUCUCGUUCCUUUGUCCUGGUUGCUGGUGUUGAUUGUCGGCAUCUACUAUUCCUCCAACUCGCCCGACGAUGUGAAGCAUGGCCAUUCCAUUUGGAAGCAAGCCAACAAGCAUAUCACUGCCUUUAGCUUGAGUACUAUUAUCACACGCAUCUACUGGGUCAUCCUUCUUAUCUCUCAGGUUGGCUACGUUUAUCAUCUCUUCUCGCGGGAUGCUGUGCUGGUUACCGGCGCAGCGAACGUGGGGACCCAUUUCAUUCUCAACAACCUGUUCACCUUUGCCUGGAUCCUCCUGUGGACCCACAGCCAUUUCUGGGGAGCGGAGAUCAUCCUGAUUGCGCACUUCAUCAACCAACACGCGACAUACUGGCGCCACCGCACCCUGAGCCCGCUUGCUCACCUGUCCGCCGUCGCGGCUCCUUUCGCGUGGACCCUCAUCGCGCUCUUCUGGAACGGCGCCGUUGCUGUCAACAGCAACAGCCUGCCCGCGAGGAUCGUCGCAAAUAUAUUCAUCUGGGUGCUGUUCGCCGUGGGAUCCGGUCAUAUUCUCGUGGCCCAGGAUGACCUCCUCGGUUAUAGUUUGAGUCUGCUGACGCUUGCCCUUGCGGUCAAGCAAGUUGGUGUCAAGGUGAUCUCGUUGCAGUGGAUCUUUGCCAUCGUCGUCUUCGCCAUCUUCUUCGUGGAAUCCCUCUACAUCUCCAUGACCAAGUACACCGGCCGCAAUGUGCUGCUCCGUAGAACUGGAGAGUCCGGUACCACUGACCGCGAAAGAGAGCCUCUCCUUAACGAGCCGACGGCCUGA